AUGGUCUCCACCACCAUCAUUUGCUCUUUGACUCCACGGGUGUCUCUUCCAUCGUUUAUCAUCGGUGGCACUUACGGAGUUGGGGAUGCUUUAAAGUCUUUGGUUACCGAUUUCUCUUCGUCAGUUGUGAUCUUGCAUUGGUGGCGCGGCUCCUGGGUUUUGGGUGGUGUAGUAUUUUCGUAUUCAUUGUCUUAG